AGAAUUUGUUUGUUAUCCUUAACAAUUACCCCAUAUAGAUCUAGUUCUAAAAAUUUAUAAAUCUAAAGAAAUUUACUUGCAAAUUUUAAAAUCUAGGUCUAAUUGAACACUAAGCCUAAACUCAACCUAUUAUCGAUAAAUAAACUAUAAACUAUAACUAUCUGGACUAGUCUGUAUCAUAAUCAUUUUAUUUAAUGAUAAACGUAGAAUCUAGAUAAAAAAAUUGUGUUGAAGAAACGUCUGUUUUUAAGCAAGGUUAGGGUUAGCAAGUUUAUCUGAUGAUGAAGUAACUGUUUAGGAUAGCUCUAAAUGCAACAAAAAAUGACCCCACAGGGUGGCAUGAUGAUGGGUGUAGCACCCCCUCCACUAUCAUCUGGAAACACAAUUUCAUUGUCCUCUCUCAUAGACUACGCACUACAGAGGACACAUCAUGAACUUAUCAUUUUAUCAGAACUAUUACCAAGAAAGUCAGACAUGGAGAGAAAAAUUGAGAUUUUCCAGUUUGCAAGCAGAACUCGUCAAUUAUUUGUUCGACUUUUAGCUCUAGUGAAAUGGGCCAACAGUGCUUCCAAAGUAGACAAGUGCAUGGACAUCUGUAAUUUCUUGGAACAGCAGUCCAUGUAUUUUGUGGAAACAGCUGAUAGCUUACACAAAAUGGCUAAAGAAACUUUAGCUUCUGCCAGGUUGCCUAGUUUUUCCCUGCCAUGUGCUAUAGAUGUUCUAACAACAGGAACAUAUCCAAGACUGCCAACUUGUAUACGGGAACGCAUCAUCCCUCCAGAUCCCAUUACGCCACAAGAGAAGACGCAAACACUGCAGAGGCUAAAUGAAGUUAUACAGUACCGGCUGGUCUCUAAUGAGCUGCCAAAGCAAAUGAGGAGGCUGAAAAUUGAUCAGGGUAGAGUGAAAUUUUUUGUUGAGCAAGAAUUUGAGGUGACACUGACUUUAAUGGGAGAUAGUCCAACCAUUCCUUGGAGGUUGCUGGAUGUCAGUUUUUUGGUUGAAGAUCAUGAAACUGGACAUGGAAAGUCCUUGGUUCAUUCAAUGCAGGUGCAUUACAUUCAUGAGCUGGUUCAGUCCAGAUUGCUACAUGUUGACCAUCCGUUACAUGACUUGUAUAAAGUGCUUCAUUCAUUUUGUCAGUCUCUACAGUUGGAGGUUCUACACUCUCAGGCCCAAAGACUAAUGUUGGAUAGACUAAGAGACAGUAUAUCUAUUGUGGAAUACUCCCUCAGCAAGUCACUCUCCAUUUCUUAUUGGAGGGACCAACAGAAGAAGAAGGAUAAUCUUGAACAUUUUCCAAUCCACAAGCUGAGUGUACAUGUAAAUGAGGAAGAUGAGGGUAAGCCUCUCCAGAUCUCACACACCCCACCAAUGUCUACCGCUGAAAGUCGAAAAGUUGGGCUGGCUAUCAAGAGUGACCAUUUGUCUAUUGAGAAAUUGUUGAUGCACACCAUUGAAGUUAGGACUCACUCAAAGCUGAAGGAGUUAGCUAGAGAGCUUCAAAAACUGAUUGACGGCAAAUGUGAAGUCAGAGACAUGCCUGUUGCCCUUCAUGUUAGUGUUCUCAAUCCAUGCAUGACAUCAGAAGUCCUCAGAAUUUCAAUAGAUGUUCAGACUGGAGCAUAUAUGGCCUCAGUGCCUUCAUGUGAUCGUUCAGCAGUUCAAGGUAUUGAAGACAGUUUGAAUGGGGAACACAGAGGUUUGGAGAAACUGCUCAUGAAGCUAAAGGUUCAGUUAGUAUUACAGAGAUGUGAGAAGUGUGUGCAGCUGAUGACCGCUCACUGCAGACCAACUCUACCACUGAUCAAUGCCACUGAGCAUACCCUGAACAAACUAGCUGCCACCAGACUUUAUGUCAGAGUUCCCAAGCAGCAAGGCUAUUAUGUGGUUGUGGAGGUGAAAGAAAGUGAACACAGGAAGGUUGAGGUCAACUAUUACAUGUUAGAGACCACUCAGUGCACUGCUGAUGGGCUGGAAGAUGACAUUGGCGAUGAGGCCCCAGUCAAGGCAUUCAUGAAAGCUGGCCAACUCACUCCAAUUGAUACAUACUCUAUGGCUCACAGCCAGUUUUGUAAAAUAUUUGAUGGGAUACCGCUAACCAUGGACAGUCUGACAAGAAAACGAAAGAUAUUUUUAGGAGAAGACAUUGAUGAGCCUGAUGCCAAGAAGAUGAAGGGCUCUCCCUACUUUGUCAGUGAGCUGGCCUACCUUCUGGCCAGGUGUGAAGAGAAGAUGCCAUUUGUGUUCCUGGGAGAGGAGCUCUCCAAACAAGGUAUCAGCCAUGAUGGUGGGACGCUGGAUGCUACAGGAACUUGUCUCUCAUUGGGAAUUUUAUAUUUCCCAGAGGUCUUGGGCUUACCCGAAGAAGUCAAUGAUGGACUUAGAAAACAACUUCUACAGUGUAAGUUUAGAAUUCAGAACAGACAAUCAAGAUUGUGGAUAUUAGAGUUUAUUUUCAACAGAUCUCCAUUGCCCAGUAUUCAUAUCAAAGAGUCUGGUCAAAGUCAACGAGUUUGUUAUGCCCUAGACAUGAACGGAGACAAUAUUCAGAAGACUGUGUCAGACUUAAUUGAUGAAUGGACAUCUAUAGCUUACCUAUAUGGUGCUGUACAUAGAUUUGCAGACAGUUACAACAUGGGUCGUACAAGCCUGGCCAGUAUUGUUGAGGUGCAGUCCUAUAACUACAAGAAACUCACUCUAGCUUAUGGACCCAAUAUGUGCAGUCUGCUGAGUGUAAAAUGGAAGCCAGCUACUAGAAGGUUUGAGUUGACUUUGGGCACACGUCUGCCCUCAGCGUCUGCCAAUCCUCACAUUCCUUUGUUGCUUCAACUGACAGAAGAAUUUAAUCUUCACUGCAGUUUAUCCCAGCUCAGUCAGACCCUGCAUGAUACCUGGACUCCUAUGAUGUCCAUUUCUAAGUUGCCAUCUGCUGCUGUGCUUGGAGCUUCAACAAACACCCGGCAACACAUUCAGAACUUCACAAUUAUCCCACAGUCAAGUUCUCAUGUCAGACUAGUCUGUAGGAGCAGUAAUUGCAUUGAUGUGCAUUUCCGAGGCAACAAAACUGUAGCUGUAAAAGACGGAGCAUGUAGCCUUUUCGACACAUCUAAACCUAUUGAAGGGUUGCAGCCUACUGCUGGACUGAAGGCUUUCCUUUCCAUGUUUGUGGAUGAAGGAGUGACUAUGGGGCUUGGAAGACGUCAGUCUGCCACCGCUGAUGACAACCCCCCAUCCCCACUUGACCCAUCAGAGAUAUUCUCAUCACAGCAGAGUACUGGCUCCCCCCUGCCACGUCCCACCCAACCUCAGGCUAGACAAGAAAGCUUCAGAUUCCACAGUCCAAUGACACCACCAUCCAAUCCACAUACACCAGCAUCCCCAGGAAAUGCCAGACUUCUAGCAGGGGUUAAUCCAUCUCCAUCGACAACACUGAUGGGGACACCAUCUCCAGGUACUCUACUGACUGCCAACUCUCCGGGAAAUCCGCAGCUUCAUGUGCCAUCACCUGGACCAUUUGCACCUGUUCCAUCACCACAGUCUAUGGUUGGCCUACACAUGCAGUCCCCAGUCACAUCUUUCAUGAGUGGCAUAGUGGAUGGUGGGUCCCCGUUUCCUGUGUCUAGUUUGGCCAUGCCUUCACCUGGAGCAGUGAGAGGUGGCUGGGUUGGUUCGCCUUCAGUUCAAGAUCCUUCUCCCAUGUCCCAGCAUGCAGUUCACUCACCAGGUCAUCCUGCCCUUCAUUCACCACAGAUGCACAAAGAUGGAGAUCACAAACCAGGAGUUGUCAACAUGCAACCCCGUAUGCUCCCCCAGAGGGCAUGGGCUGCGGCCAUCCCAACAAUUCUAUCUCACAAAGGCUUUGACAAUCUGCUGACACCAACCCCUGACCCACAACAGGGUUCAGUCCAGCACUCGCCAGCUUCUCCACUAGAAAGAUUCUUUGCAUGCAUUAUUAUGAAGAAACACUUCAGUCGACUUGUCAACACUGAGUCAAUGAUGCAGUUUAUUCCCAGCACUGAGCCAGGUGUUCUUUGUUUUAAAGUAGACACCCUGCAGUACAGAUUGUCUCUCAACACCACCACCUCCCAGUCUUUACACAUGAAAAUUUCACCAGUGCCAGAACAUCAAGACAAGUGGAUGCCUGAAGAACUUCAGAUUCUGGAGAAAUUCUUUGACUUAAAAGUCUUCUGUCCUCCAUAUAGAUUGAAUGCCUUAACAGCAGUUGGUAGAAUCAUUUCAGCUCCCUGCAGAAUCCUGAAAGACUGUAUACAAAUCAUGAAGUUGGAAUUGAUCCCUGACAGAUCCAUGAAGUGGACAGUCCAGUGGUGUUUGACCAUUCCCCCUUCACUGCACUUUAUUUCACCUGUUGGUGUCCCAGCAUUUGUGGUGAAAACUAAAAUGAUAUUUAUGCUCCAGCUGACAAGGAUCGGUUUGACUGUAGGGCCCAGUGAGCAGUCCUUUGUAGUGCCUCUCCUGUAUGAAAUGCAGACCAAUAAGCUGACCAGGGUGGAGCAGAAAAUCCCCCAGAUGAACAACACCCCAUCCCUGCAAGCAGUCAGCACCAUGCUCAACAGGUUUGCUGACCACUACCAGCAGCAAAAUCACAGCAAUGAGUGUGCCAUACUGCCUGCAGUCAAGGAGCUUCUAACUAACCUUGUGGUCCCAGUCUGAGUCAACUCACAACUUUAUGGGAUAUUAAGUUGGCAUGUUAAAUUUAGUAAAAGAAAAAAAAAAUUAUGCUUUAAAAGAAUUAAUUUAACAUUAAUGUUGACCUAGAAUCAUAAAAAGAUUUACUGCAGUGAAAAGGGGGGGGGGACAACUGUAUUGAAAAUACAAUAAACAUACAUAGAGAAAACUUGGCUGGAUUUAAGUAAAAACAAAGGACAUUUGGACCAUAUCUAAACGCCCUAUUUUUGUCACUUAAGUGCAGCAGUUAUCUUUAUAUAUGGCUCCUUUUGUCUCGAAAGGCAAUGGAUGCGCCCAAAUGAGUCACUGGUUUUGGCUUAAUCUUGAGACGGGGCAGAAUCUGGUGUGGCUAAUCAAGCCAAUUCUAGAACGGCAGACUUUGCCACAAUUCGUACAUGUGUAUGCCUCUGAUUUAGGGCUAGCAGACAGGGCAGCUUUCUUUUUUUCCCUCUUGAUUAAAGCCACUUCAAUUCUUUUGUUCUCAGCAAGGGUUGUCCUAGCACGCACAGUCUGUCUCCAUGCACUCCGGUCUUUGGCUAUGUUUUCCCACAUACUUUCGCUGAUGCCUGAGGCUCUCAUGUCUCGCUUGCAGACAUCUCUAUAUGUUAGUCUUGGGCUGCCCUUGGGCCUGACUCCUUCCACAAGCUCAGCAUAUAAGAUAUCUUUCGGGAUUCUACCAUCUGGCAUGCAGGUGACAUGUCCGAGCCAGCGUAAUCUUCUUUGUGUCAGGAGAGCAUACAUGCUGUUCAUAUUGGCCAAUCUCAAAACUUCCUGAUUGGAGACAUGGUCCCUCCAAGAGAUGCCCAUUAUGCGUCUCAGGCAGCGCAAGUGGAAACUAUUCAAUCUGUGCUCUUGGCAAAACUCUCCAAGCGCGUCUGGGAAAAUGGUAAAUUGACCACAGCGACCAAAAUCCUAGUCUACAACGCCUGUGUUGUGAGCACUCUCCUUUAUGGCAGUGAAAGCUGGUCAACAUACAUGUACCAAGAGUUAUCUUUAUAUAUAUAUGCUUAUUAUAUGACCUUUAAACACCAGUUUUCUAUAUGUAUGUUUACUAUAUGACCUAGAAGCAGGCAAACAUAUAACCAACCACUCUAGGACUUGAAGGGCAAGGGUGUUUACCAUAUGAUUGAUAGUCUUUGCAUGAGGAUAUCAAGAAAAUUACAUUGUGAUAAUACAUGUAGCUUGUCAUCAAUCAAAACUUUUCAAAUGUAUUUCUAAAUAAAAGUUUUAAAAAAAUUACAAAAUUAAAAUUUCAAAUCAAGUCAUAUUUUAGCAACCCUAAUAUGCUGCAUUUACUAUAAUAUAUCAGACAUUUUGUAAUUGUGUUUACAACUGAUAUAUUAAAGUGCAUCAACACAUUUUAAUUUAAAUAUUGUUUUUGUAUGCACCUGAUUGUUUUAAAACAUUUUUAUUUUUGGCAUUUGUUUUUAUAUUCAACUGUUGUAUUUGAUUAAGUUGCAAGUCUCUUUGUUGAGACUAGAGUGAAGUUCACUUCACUUAGGACUUGAGUUGUACAUAAAUAGCUUUAGAAAUAUUAGGUUCAUAGUUAAAAAGCAAGAAGUUCACUUCUUUUGUAUUGUGUGUAAUCUUAUUUAUAGUAUCAAUAAAUGAACAAAAUGUCUUUUUAUUACUUGA